CGCUUUCCGACUCUCAGCGGAAAUCGCAAGUUCAAAACCCUCGAGCAGUGCCUUCUUCUUCUUCGGCGUCCAUGGCUGUCUGUAGGUGUAGGAUAUAUCCACACUCCUACAAGACAGAAAGACUAGAGAGCUACAUUCAACUACAAUUUUGGACACGUUUUACGACAAUGCCCUUUCUUCUUAUGAAAAUAUCCUGAUUCAUGCAUUUUCGGAAAUGAAAUAAAGUUCUUGUGAAGUAUGGACUCGUUCGGUCAAGACCACGGCCCUCCCAAAAUCUUCGUUGCCUUUAUAGGCCUCAUGUUUGGAGGGGUCGUCCUGAUUAUUUUGGUAGCGUGCUUGCAGAAGAUGGGUCUCCUCAAAUGCAAGGAGGACACGACCGGUGACGAUCCCGACCAAACAAGGCCCCGACGACAACAGGCUCUGUUCGAUCAUCACCAGGUUCUGCUCCGACAACAUCUUUCGUUCAUUGAGAACCAAAUGGCACCGCCGCCUGUAACUUCCCAGCCGUUCUCAAACACGCAUCUGGGCUUCUGAUGGUUUGUUUUUGGUUCAAAGUCCGAAAGCGGUUAUAAUGUAUGUUACAAGUUGGUUUUGUGUCGGUUUAUUUUUCUAAUGCGCAGUUAAAGCUAUUAACUGCUCUAGAACGUUAUGUCGUGUGUGUUUAUAUACGUUGAUCGAGCUUAUUGUGUAUUGCAGAUCCUUUGUUGCAGUCCUAUUCGGUUCCGAACCGAAUAGUUUGUGUGUUGUAAUGAUAUGAAUGUAUGAAUAAAUGAAGAGAUUCUUCUUGUGUGAGAAAUUUUGUUCUCAGAAAAAAUAACAAGUUCGCUACCAUGGAGAGAUUCUUGCAUGAGAUGGAGAACGAGGAACCGAUCAGAUUCUCCUCGAACGAGCUCAAGGCCUUAACCAACAAUUUCUCCGCGGUUUUCGGUUCGAGUGGUUACGGAGUUGUGUACAGAGGCGAAUUCACCACCGCCAUUCCUGUGGCCGUGAAAGUGCUGAUGAGUUCCUCCGACAAGAGAAUCGAGGAGCAGUUCAUGGCAGAAGUCAGCGCCAUCGGGAGGGCUAACCACAUUAACCUGGUGAGACUGUACGGGUUCUGUUUCGAACGAGACAUAGUCAUGGAGAAUGGAUCGCUUGGCGAGUUGAUAUUCGACCCUAAAAAGGAGAUCAAGUGGGAGAAACUGAGAGAGAUCACGAUAGGUACAGCAAAAGGGCUCUGUAAUCUGCACUAGGAGUGCCGGAGGAGAAUCAUUCACUACGACAUCAAACCUGCAAACAUACUCCUGGACGGUGACUUGCGGCCCAAGGUUUCCGAUUUCGGACUUGCCAAGCUCUGUAGCGUUGAUGUCAGUCAGAUUACGAUGACGGGAUGCCGAGGGACACCUGGAUACGCAGCUCCAGAGCUGUGGGAGCCAUUUCCGGUGAGCCACAACUGUGAUACCUACAGUUUUGGGAUUGUGCUGUUCGAGACACUGGCGAGGAGAAGGCACCAUGACCAGAACGUGAAGGAAGAGUCCAAAAAAUGGCUUCCACGGUGGGCAUGGGAAGCACUUAGCAAUGGCGAGCUCAGUGAGAUGCUGUCUGAAUUGGGGAUAGAGGAGAAAGACAUGGAGAAAGCUGUAAGGAUGGCGAUGACGGCUCUGUGGUGCAUCCAGCAGAGACCAGAGGCGAGACCGAUGAUUAGCAACGUGGCAAUGAUGUUGGAGGGAAGUGUGGAGAUCGAGCCGCCGCCUUGUCCGUUCAAGAGCUCCCAUGGAACUGCACCGAGUUCCGGUGGCUCUGAUGGAUUGAGUUCUUCUUCUGCAACCUCCGAAUCCGUCGUUUCGAAGCCUCACCACAUUACUAAGGAGAUCCAAACAUUAUGAAUAUCGUUGUUAUAAAUUGUUUGAUUUUCUGUUGCGAUUUUUUAUUUAAACUUCAGUCAUAAUGCAAAUGUGAAUGAGGAGAUACAGCAAAAGAAAACUGCAGGAAACCAUACGAAAUAAAAAACCGAAAAUAAUUCGGAAUCUCAAAAUGAAAAUGGGCGGAGAAUUUCUUGUAAA